AUGCCCGAAAACGGCCCCUCGGACAACUUUUUUGUCCGCUUCAAACAGAAGGUGGACGAUCACGUCGCCUCGGCCUUUCAGAGAGUUCUGGGCCUUCCGACCGCUGUGUCCCGUCUCAACAGCACCUGGCCCGAACCUCCCCGACCGUCCCAGGCCGACGAGCAUGAGCGCGGGACGGCAAUUGCGUCGGAGGGCGGUGGCGCCACCAACGCCGUCGCCCACCCUCGCACGCCGUCCUCGCCGUACCCCCACCCGACAGUCUUUGACCUUUUCUCGUCAAUGUCGCCGAUGCAAGCCCUCUUCGAAACAGAGAAGCUCACAGAGUCACUCUACCAGGUCAUGUGGAUAUCAUUCCUCAUCGACUCGCCCUACUCGCCGCUGCGACUCCACGACCUGCCGCAGCCUACUCCGAAGGACCUGCCCAAGGGCGCCGACCCGACCCUCUUCGGCUUCGAGGACGCCUUCGAGGACCUGCUCAUGGUUAGCAGUGGCCAGGGCCUACCGGAGAUCAACGAACGCGUCCGCUUCAGGAAAGAGUGUCGCGAGUCCUUCCCCCACGGCCUGCCCCCGAUUCUCUGGCUUCACCAGCUUACCCGCCAGGGUCUGUGGGACGGCUGGGACACGAGGCCCGAGGUGCUGGACGGCGCUGUAAGCGAGCGGUGGAAGCGCUGGUUGCAGGAGCAGGACGACCCCUUUCACGAGCGGCGGUUGCCGUCCGUUCCCAGCCAGUCAUCGCCUCAGGAGACGGGGAAGCGCUCUGCAGUUGAGAACUGUGCUCGGGAAAGGCUGGCUCGUCCCGAACGAGUCCAUCAUGGGGAGACGGAGGAGGAUUCAUACUUGUCAGUUAUAGGCAAGGCUCGCUUCAACACGUCCCGCGAAACGUCUGCGACUCCAUCAGAGUCAUCCGAGUCACAUUCAACCACGCGAGAUCUCUCGCCCCAGGGUCUUCCCUCGGGCUGGAGAGUGGUGGAAAAGGUCCAAGAGCACGAGGACGCAAAUGGUAACGUCCACGUUACCAAGACCGUCACAACUUUCAACGACAGGGGUGAGGAGGUUGGCAGGCAGACUGAGAGGCGUUCCGAGUACGCCUGGUCGGCGAGCUUCUCGACCGAUGGCAGUAACAAGAAAGACCGGCAGCGGCAGCAGCAGCAGCAAGACAGCGAGAGGGAUAAUAACGACAAGAGUAGUUGGUUCUGGAAAUGA